CGCCGCCGCCAACCGACGUCACCAAGACAGAGCGCAGGCGGCCCGGCUAGCCCGGCCAGUCAACUGGGCGGUUCCGCUCGGACCCAGGCCCCGGUCCUGGCCUGGAGAUGGGAACGGCGCUUCCCGGGCUGAGCGUGGCGGCAGUCUGCACGGACCCGCGCCCCUGAACCCCGGGAAGAGCCUCUGCCCACCUGCGUUCUGCGGCGCCUCGGGGGCCUCCGCACCGCAGCAGCCCAGGCCAGCGAGGCGGCGGGGCGAGGAUGCUGGCGGCAGUGCUGGGCAGCGGCCCUCGGGGCCGGCCUUCCCUGCGGCGGCUCCUGGGACCCACGCUCUCGCCGAGGGCCCGCUCCACUUCUGCCACGGACACCCACCAUGUGGAGAUGGCGCGGGAGCGCUCCAAGACCGUCACCUCCUUCUACAACCAGUCAGCCAUCGACGUGGCGGCCGAGAAGCCCUCAGUGCGCCUCACUCCAACCAUGAUGCUUUAUUCCGGUCGCUCUCAGGACGGCAGCCACCUUCUGAAAAGCGGCCGGUACCUGCAGCAAGAGCUACCAGUAAGGAUCGCUCACCGCAUCAAGGGCUUCCGCAGCCUUCCCUUUAUCAUCGGCUGCAAUCCCACGAUCCUGCACGUGCAUGAAUUGUACAUCCGUGCCUUCCAGAAGCUGACAGACUUCCCUCAGAUCAAGGACCAGGCGGAUGAAGCCCAGUAUUGCCAGCUGGUGCGACAGCUGCUAGAUGACCACAAGGAUGUGGUGACCCUCUUAGCCGAGGGCCUGCGUGAGAGCCGCAAGCACAUACAGGAUGAAAAGCUUGUCCGCUACUUCUUGGACAAGACACUGACUUCAAGACUUGGGAUCCGCAUGUUGGCCACCCAUCAUCUGGCACUGCAUGAGGACAAGCCUGACUUUGUUGGCAUCAUCUGCACUCGCCUGUCACCAAAGAAGAUUAUUGAAAAGUGGGUGGAUUUUGCCAGACGCCUGUGUGAACACAAGUAUGGCAAUGCCCCCCGCGUCCGCAUCAAUGGACACGUGGCCGCCCGCUUCCCCUUCAUCCCUAUGCCGCUAGACUAUAUUCUGCCCGAGCUGCUCAAGAAUGCCAUGAGAGCCACAAUGGAGAGUCACCUAGAUACUCCCUACAAUGUCCCAGAUGUGGUCAUCACCAUCGCCAACAAUGAUAUCGAUUUCAUCAUCAGGAUUUCAGACCGGGGUGGAGGAAUUGCACAUGCUAACUUGGAGCAAGUCAUGGAUUACCACUUCACUACGGCGGAGGCCAGCACCCAGGACCCCCGCAUCAGCCCCCUCUUUGGCCAUCUGGACAUGCACAGUGGCAGCCACUCAGGACCCAUGCAUGGCUUUGGCUUCGGGUUGCCCACGUCAAGGGCCUACGCAGAGUACCUCGGCGGUUCCUUGCAGCUGCAGUCCCUGCAGGGCAUUGGCACAGAUGUCUACCUGCGCCUCCGCCACAUUGAUGGCCGGGAGGAAAGCUUUCGGAUCUGAUCCCUGGCCUGCUUGCUUGCCCAGGCUGGGCCACACACCCUGCCAGGACCUUCUGGGUUGGGCACGCUGGCCCUCUGCCCCACACAGUGCUGCCUCUUGGGUCUUUGGGCCCCAGCCAAACAGAUUUACACAGAGCCAGGUGCCACUCCUCAGCAGUGCCCACUGGCUCCUAACCUCCAGGCAUGGAGGGGAAGAGGUGGGAUCUCUGGGACUCUAGCACCUGCUGUCAUUCUUGUUCCUGGGGAACCCCUAUGUGGCCUGCUGUUUGUUAUUAAAGUUCACAUUCUGAAUGCC